AGUUGGCCACCCCUGCCCUGGAGGGGGCCCCCCCUCUAAUCCCCACCAGCGACUCAUUGAUCGCCGGACUCCCGGGGACUUUUGUUCUUUCUGUUCUCCACCCGCCCAUCGACACUCACCAGGCUCUGAUUGAGCCCUUUUUAUUGGUCGCAUGUUGUUGUGGCGUUUUUUUUGCCCGGGGGCGUGGCCAGCUUGGAAUGCUGAGUCUGAGUGUUCCAGAACCGGACGGUCCUGCUUUGGCUGCUGCGGCGCGCUGAUUGGCUGGCGGCCCUACAGAAGGCAGUGGUGGCGGGGGGAGAGGAUGGAACGUCGGGGAGUUGCAACGUUCCAAAGAUACUUCUGAUGUUUGUUCCCCGCCAGCCUGCCUGCCUUCCCGUCGCGGUUGGGGGCUCGGGUUGCUGGUGAGAAAUAGGGGCGGAGGGGAGCGAUCGUGAGAACGGCGCGGAGUUCCAAGACCGACCCGGCCGAGAGGUCCCGGCCUUUGCAAGCGUCAGGAGGGUUCCAAAGGCGUGGAUCGAGGCGACCAGCCAGCGGGGCUGGGAGAGAAGCAAGAAAAAUCCCGAGAAGGUGACUUUUCAAGAUGGUCGACCACCUGGUGAAUACAGAGAUUAACAGUCAGCGUAUCGCUGCCGUAGAGCACUGUUUUGGGGCAUCGGGUCAGCCGCUAGCUGUGCCAGGGAGAGUCCUGCUGGGCGAAGGCAUUUUGACCAAAGAAUGCCGCAAGAAAGCCAAGCCGCGAAUCUUCUUCCUUUUCAACGACCUUCUCGUGUAUGGAACCAUUGUGAUCAACAAAAGGAAGUACAGCUCACAACACAUCAUCCCCCUGAACGAAGUCACCUUGGAAACCUUACCGGAUACUUUGCAAAUGAAAAACCGCUGGAUGAUUAAAACCUCCAAGAAGUCCUUUGUUGUCUCGGCCGCCUCCCUCACCGAGCGGAAAGAGUGGAUCAACCAUCUUGAAGAGUGCAUUCGGCACUUGCUGUCCAAAACAGGCCAGCAGCCCCCGACCGAACACGCUGCCCCGUGGAUCCCCGAUAAGGCCACAGAUAUCUGCAUGCGUUGCACGCACACCAAAUUCUCCACCCUCACGCGCAGGCACCACUGUCGGAAAUGCGGCUUCGUGGUAUGUGGGGAGUGCUCCCGACAGAAGUUCCUCAUGCCCCGGCUUUCUCCCAAGCCUUUGCGGGUUUGUAACCUUUGCUAUAAACAGCUCAUGGCUGAGAAAAAGAAAACCGAAGAGCAUCGCAGCCAGGCAAAGCCAUCCGAUUCCCCUCUGGCGGGCUACGACCCCUCAAGCGGGGAUGAUAGCGAUAGAUCCGACGAGGAUAAACUGGAACAGUGGCAGGCUGAUACUGAGUUUUACACGUCGGCGGUGCCAUGGUCAUCUUUCCAUAGGUGACUUCUUUGCAGCCGAGUUAAUUGCAGGAUCGGUGUUGUUAUUUCGGAGGAGUACAGAGGACAGGCAGUUUUGAGACAGUUUGCUGAUUGAGUUCUUCAAUUCCAUGUUUGUAUUCUGUGAAUAAGGAAGAAGGUAUAACCAUGGCAAAUUGGGGUGGGGGGGCAUCUUCUCUUUUAAGAGCACGUCACUUUUAUUUAAGUUAGAGGUGGAGUUUAACCAGGCAUGGCAGGUCCCCCUGAGUUUCUGUUGAGGCUUAGCCCUGUUCUGAACUCAUGAAAUGUCAGUGUGCUCUAGGAUGAGGGUGGGGAAGGUAGGGAAGAUUUUUUGGAACACUGAAUAUGGUGUAUACUGGAGAAGUCUGCUUUCCUUAGAACCAGAGGAUGAAUUCCAGAUCUAACAGUCACUACGGAAUAUAUAUGAAGGUCCAGGAAUCUGAGUUGAUAGUCCAUUUCAGACAUCCAGAAGAGUUUGUUCAGCACACAAGUUUAUUGGAAGGCUUACUCCUCCAAUUGUGUGAUGUCUUGAGAUUGAAGUCUUCAGCUAACUCCAGGUGGCACUGAUGUUCAGUUGAGGAAACUUUAAUAUAGUGGUGCUAGCAAUUUCUGCAGUAAUUGGGAUUCUGAACUGAGUUUAAACAGUGGUCAAUGGUGCAAUCCUAAUGCAGCUUUCUAAAUUCACAUUGACUUCACUGGACUUCGAGGGCUGUAACCCUCCUAAAGGAUUAUACUAUAUAAGGCUACAAUCCUAGGAAUUCUAAAAAUCUGGGAUCAAGUUCUAUUGAAUAAACAUGUAUAGCAGGGGUGGCCAACAGUAGUUCUCCAGAUGUUUUCUGCCUACAACUCCCAUCAGCCCCAGCCAGCAUGGCCAAUGUUGUAGGCAGAAAACAUCUUGAGAGCUACCGUUGGCCACCCCUGAUGUAUAGGGUUGCACUGUAAGAAUCCCAUAUAUACAUUAUUCUCUGGUCCAUGGCUGUAAUAAAUGAUUGGUUGAUUCACUGAUUGUAAGAGAGAAUCUAAUUUCAAAUUAAGGUCACCUGAAUUUGGAAAUCACAACUAACUGGAGUGAAUGGAAGGCUUCCAUCUUUAGGUCAAAAGGGAGGGGGAGACAGGGGGCAUGCACAACAACUAACCAGUUACGCGCCCAUUGCAAAGACAUCUUUGUUCAUGACAUCUGAAGUCAGCCUUCAUUUGAAACCAUGAUCAGUUCUGCAUUAGAAUUUUAGGGAUGGACAGUGAAAGAAUCCAGUGUGGCCCUUUAGGAAUCAAUAUGUAGUGUAAACAGCUCUCUGUGGGUUUAUGCUAUGAGUUUUGGCCUGCUGUGAAUUUCUCUGCCUUCAGCACUGCUUGAAUUAUUUUCAUAUUCAAAGUAAUAAUUAAAUAAUGCAGGCACUGGCUGUUGGGUGUUUCAGGUAAAUGGAGAAUUUGGGGUGGUUUUCCAUUUGGCAUGGAAACCAUAUAAAAGCAUGUGUUCGGCAACACUGGACAUAUACCAUGUACAAAAAGCUGGCUUGCAAGCAGUAUUACUUAAAGGGACAAAAUGUCUUAUGUUCAUCCAUUCAUUUAUUUAAAGUUAUGCAUGCUUAAAAUUUGCAACCAGUGAAUAGAAUGGUCUUUAACGGGAGAAAGCCAGGGGUCUUUAACGGGAGAAAGCCAGAGUUUCUGUAAUGCAUAUUUCAAAUAACAGAGCUUAAUUUCAGUGAAGUAUUUUGAAGCAUUUGACAAGGAGGGAGUUCCCCUUUAAUAUUUCUGAAAAUCUUGGCUCUUACAGUUUUCUUUAAAGGAAGUUUUGGGCUUUCAGAAUUGCAGAGAAAUAGGAAACAGUCGCAACACUUGACAGGCAGCGUGUGAGUUUUGAGUUGUGUUGUACGUCAGUAUCAGGUCUAAGAUGUCCUUUCCAUGCCGUUUGCUUUCUGCCAACUAAAACUGUUCACUUUUGUUGCCCUUGUUUUGUGUUUGCCUCAAAACCACAAGAGCUGGGAAGGAUAAGACCCAAGUUGCACUUACUUUCUUGUUCGGAAUUUUAACCAAUUAGCUCUGCAACUGUGAGGGCUGAAGAAGUAAAUAAAAGCCAGGAUUUGCAUUCAGAAUGCUAAUGAGAGAUUACAAACCAUAUAAAAAAGCCUUCUGGCCAGAGACUUCGGAUUAAGGGGCAGGAUUUGGGGAAUGAAUGAAACCUCAUUAAACCGGGUUUGAACCUGGGUGUCUCUGUAUAGAAAUUAAGCAUUGUAAAAAAGUAUUUUAACUACCCCUCCCAAUAGCUUAUUUAUACUUUUGAAGUGCUUUUAUAUUACACUAUUGUUGCAUAUUAGACAACAGCAACUUUGUUGCUGCAGUUAAUUUUAUACCUAAAUUUUAAUUAUACGAGAAGUCAUUCCUACUGAUGGCAUACCUUGCUGGUUUUCUUUUUGUUUAAGGCAGAAAUAUUAGUUGGUAUUUUAAACCUACCGCUCCCUACAGCCUUCUCCACUUGUCAGUAUGUUUACAUUGGAGCCAAACUUCUUUUUUCCUGAUUAACCAUUCCUCCCCCCCCCCCUUUUUAAUUGAUGGACAAAUAGUUGAUUAAAGAUUGAUGUAUCGAUACAA